AUGUCAUUUGAUAGACCAGAUAUGAAGUAUUGGAAUGAUGACAUCAAUAUGUCAGGGGAGACUACAUUCACACCCGGUGUAGAGUCGAACUUUUAUGGUGAACUCAACCAACAAAAUAUGGAACAAUUUAACCAAGUGGGUGACUUCCACUUCAAUCAAAACCCCUAUCAAAACCAAGAACAGCCUCCAAUUAUGCAAUACGGUCAACAAUCUCAAGUUUCUAAUUUUGACAUUAACUCCAACCUUAAUUUGAAUGCCACGUCAUUCCACUCGCCUGAUACCGACAAGAGUUCAGAUCUAGGACUAAUUGCAGUUGAUAAUUCCAUCGGCAUGGACCGUGCCACCCCUGAAUCUAUUGAAGAUGUGAAAACAAGUAAGGCUAAGUUAAAGAAACAAAUAUUGGAUGAACAAGAUGCUAUACUUAUUGCUAGAGACGAUUCUGAGCUCACUGAAGUAGAAUUACAAGCGAAGAAGAAGGCCCAAAAUCGUGCCGCUCAAAGAGCUUUUAGAGAACGUAAAGAAUCUAAACUAAGAGAACUUGAGGCUAAGCUUAACAAAUCCGAAGAAGAAAAGCAAAAGCUUUUAGACCAAUUAGCAAACGCAAACCGUCAGAACAACACCAUACAGUCAGCAACAGACUUUUUAAGGAGAGAUGAAUCAAACAACAAAUACCAUGGCAAUCUUGAUGGGUUUACUGGAUCCGGAGCCAAUAAUGAUUUUGAUAAGUUUACCUUUCCAAAGACUCAAGAAGAUUUUAUCAAUGUGUUGGCAAAGGGACACCCGGUUAAACGUGAAACUUUGAAGAAAGUGUAUGAAAAUGAAGAAUACCCCGACACCAAACUUUUAGCGAUUGGAGCAGUGUGGGACUAUCUACAAUUAAAGGCAGAAGAAUUUGAAAUUGAUGACUAUUCUUUUGAUGUAGAAGGAAUAAUGAACAAGUUGAAAGGACAUGAAAGAUGUCAUGGGUUUGGGCCCGCAUAUCCUUUGGUUUUAGUUGAUGAGGCUAUUAAAGAUUGUAUGCGAUAG